UCCUCGGCGACAUAAAACGCCAGUCAGUCUCUGGUCCACCUGAAGUCGCGUUGUAAAUCCUCUGUUUCACUGAAUACCGCUCGCCGCAGCCAUGGGUGACAAGCAUGGCUGCUCAGAAUCGUACAGGGUCGCCACCUUACCCAACAUUCCCGACGACAACAAAACCGCAGAUGGGAUGUACAAGUCGCGGCGGAAGAACCCAAAGCGGAGGGGGGACAACUUAGAUGACUUGAAGCAAGAGCUGGACAUUGACUUCCACAAAAUCUCACCCGAGGAACUGUAUCAAAGAUUUCAGACGCACCCCGAAAACGGCCUCAGCCAUGCAAAAGCAAAGGAGAACCUGGAGAGGGACGGUCCGAAUGCCCUGACGCCGCCGAAGCAGACCCCGGAAUGGGUAAAAUUCUGCAAGAAUCUGUUUGGGGGUUUCGCCCUGUUGUUAUGGAUCGGUGCGAUCCUCUGCUUCAUCGCGUACUCGAUCCAAGCCUCGACCAGCGAAGACCCAAACGAUGACAAUCUCUACCUGGGCAUCGUCCUCGCGGCGGUCGUGAUAGUCACGGGUAUAUUCUCGUACUACCAGGAGAGCAAGUCGAGCAAGAUCAUGGAGUCGUUCAAGAACAUGGUGCCCCAAUUCGCCACUGUGAUCCGAGAAGGCGAGAAGCUCACCCUAAGAGCGGAGGAUCUCGUCCUCGGCGACGUCGUUGAAGUUAAGUUCGGCGAUCGGAUACCGGCCGACAUCAGGAUCAUCGAGGCACGGGGAUUCAAGGUGGACAACAGUUCGCUGACGGGUGAAUCUGAACCGCAAUCGAGGUCGCCCGAGUUCACAAACGAGAACCCACUUGAAACGAAGAAUCUCGCUUUCUUCUCGACAAACGCGGUAGAAGGCACGGCAAAAGGCGUGGUGAUUUGCUGUGGCGAUCAGACGGUGAUGGGAAGGAUUGCGGGUCUCGCGUCCGGUCUGGAUACCGGGGAAACGCCGAUCGCCAAGGAGAUACAUCACUUUAUUCAUCUUAUUACCGGUGUCGCUGUCUUCCUCGGCGUCACAUUCUUCAUCAUUGCCUUUAUCUUGGGCUACCAUUGGCUCGACGCCGUCAUCUUCCUUAUAGGCAUUAUUGUGGCGAACGUGCCUGAAGGUCUUCUAGCUACUGUGACUGUGUGCCUGACUCUGACCGCCAAACGGAUGGCCUCGAAGAACUGCCUGGUGAAGAAUCUCGAGGCUGUGGAGACUUUAGGAUCGACCUCGACUAUCUGCUCGGACAAGACAGGAACCCUGACGCAGAAUCGUAUGACAGUGGCGCACAUGUGGUUCGACAAUCAGAUCAUCGACGCUGAUACCACGGAAGAUCAGUCUGGCUUGCAGUACGACCGUACUAGUCCUGGAUUCAAGGCGUUAGCGAAGAUCGCAACGCUGUGUAACCGCGCCGAAUUCAAGCCAGGCCAGGAGGGUGAACCAAUCCUGAAGAGAGAGGUGAACGGCGAUGCGUCUGAAGCCGCGCUGCUUAAGUGCAUGGAACUCGCGUUGGGCGAUGUGAUGGGUAUCAGGAAACGCAACAAGAAGGUCUGCGAGAUUCCCUUCAACUCCACGAACAAAUAUCAAGUGUCUGUACACGAGUCGGACGAUCCCAAUGAUCCCAGGCAUUUGUUGGUAAUGAAGGGUGCUCCCGAGAGAAUUCUAGAUAGAUGUGCAACCAUAUUUAUCGGCGGCAAAGAGAAGGUUCUCGACGAGGAAAUGAAGGAGGCGUUCAACAACGCUUAUUUGGAAUUAGGCGGACUCGGUGAACGAGUGCUCGGCUUCUGUGAUUACACACUGCCGUCCGACAAGUUCCCGGUUGGUUUCAAGUUCAACUCCGACGACCCCAACUUCCCGGUCGAUGGGCUCCGCUUCGUGGGUUUGAUGUCUAUGAUCGACCCGCCUAGAGCUGCGGUACCCGACGCGGUCGCCAAGUGCCGUUCCGCCGGCAUCAAGGUCAUCAUGGUAACCGGUGACCAUCCGAUCACUGCCAAAGCCAUUGCCAAAUCCGUCGGCAUCAUCUCUGAAGGUAACGAGACCAUUGAGGACAUUGCGCAAAGGUUGAAUAUCCCGGUGUCCGAAGUAAAUCCGCGCGAGGCUAAAGCCGCGGUCAUCCACGGAACUGAACUCAGGGAACUGAACUCCGACCAAUUGGACGAGAUUCUCAGGUACCACACCGAAAUUGUGUUCGCCCGUACCUCGCCUCAGCAGAAGCUUAUCAUCGUCGAAGGUUGCCAGCGAAUGGGUGCGAUCGUCGCUGUGACUGGCGACGGUGUGAACGACUCCCCUGCUCUGAAGAAGGCCGACAUUGGUGUUGCUAUGGGUAUCGCCGGCUCAGACGUCUCCAAGCAAGCGGCCGACAUGAUUUUACUCGACGACAAUUUUGCCUCGAUUGUGACAGGCGUCGAGGAGGGCCGCUUGAUCUUUGACAACUUGAAAAAAUCUAUCGCCUACACCCUGACCUCGAACAUACCCGAGAUCUCGCCUUUCCUGGCGUUCAUCCUCUGCGAUAUUCCUCUGCCUCUGGGUACUGUUACUAUCCUCUGCAUCGAUCUGGGAACUGAUAUGGUACCCGCCAUCUCGCUAGCCUACGAGGAGGCAGAGAGCGAUAUUAUGAAGCGACAACCACGAAACCCCUUCACUGACAAGCUAGUUAACGAAAGGCUUAUCUCAAUGGCAUAUGGUCAAAUCGGCAUGAUCCAAGCCGCGGCCGGUUUCUUCGUCUACUUUGUCAUCAUGGCCGAGAAUGGAUUCCUUCCCUUGUAUCUGUUCGGUAUCCGGAAGCAAUGGGACUCCAAGGCUAUCAAUGAUCUUACUGACAGCUACGGCCAGGAAUGGACCUACAGGGACCGCAAGACACUGGAGUUCACCUGCCACACAGCUUUCUUCGUGUCGAUCGUAAUCGUACAGUGGGCCGAUCUAAUUGUUUGUAAAACGCGCCGCAACUCGAUUAUCCAUCAAGGAAUGAGAAACUGGGCCCUUAACUUUGGUCUCGUAUUCGAGACCGCCCUCGCGGCGUUCCUAAGUUACACGCCUGGUAUGGAUAAGGGUCUUCGCAUGUUCCCCCUCAAAUUCGUAUGGUGGCUGCCAGCCCUGCCCUUUAUGUUUGCCAUCUUUAUCUACGAUGAGACGAGACGAUUUUACCUCCGUCGGAAUCCGGGCGGCUGGCUCGAGCAAGAAACUUACUAUUAGAUGCAGAGAAGAAUUAAUCACACAUUACAGAACGCGCAUGCAAGAGAAGAGUGAAUCGGAAGAGCGAGCGGAGAGAGAGAGAGAGA